GCCCUAAAAAGCAAAAAAAAAAAAAAAAAAAAAAAACUUUAAAAACAAACAUCUUUCUCAAAACCCCUUGAAUGAACCUGUGGAAGCUCCUCUGCUUCCUGGACUCCAGGAAGCUCAUUUGGGCCCUCAGGGGGCCAGGGAGAAAGGGCCAGGUGCAGGCAGUGCUCUAAGGCCGACCUGAGGGUGAUCUGGUCGUGACAUCUGCUCCCAGCCCUGCUGAAGAGAGGGUGCCUCGAGCUCAUCUGCUGUCCCAUCAACCUCCUCAUCCUGUCCAGCAUCCCCAGCCAGGUCCAUCCUCAGCUGUGGUUUAGAACCCCACCCACUCUCCUCUGAAGGCAGCCGGCAGCUGGGCACCGAGGGCUCCCGUAGGGGCGGCUGAAGCGCUGAGAGCAUUGGAGGGAGGGGUCCCCUUGGCAUCCUGGACGGAGCCCUGGGGGGGAUCUUUCACAAAGUACAGGCUUUCAGGCACAGAUUGCCAAAGUUUGAGGGUAGGGGGUGGGGUGGGCGGGGCCAGCUUCUUUUGUGCUGCUCUGGAGGAGCAGCGUUGCCUCGCCAGCAUCCUCUCAAGCCCCAACACGGCCCCCAGCCUCUCCUGUCUCCCCUGGGGACUUCUCAGCCCUCCUGGAGCGGGGAGGCUAACCCUCCCCCCUCCUGGAGGCGGGGCCAACCCUCGGAACAGGAUAAAAUCCAAGCGAAGGGGAGUGGUGUGGGCACAGCCUUGGCAUGGCCAUCUGGCUCCUCAGUCUGCCAGCUCCAUGGCCGGCCCGGUGGAUACACCUCCUGCAGGCCAUGCCAGUGGGUUGGGUCCGCAUCGGAGAAAGAGGACCACCUUCAGCAGAGGGCAGCUGCUGGAGUUGGAGCGGGUGUUUGCAGCACGACCCUAUCCCGACAUUGGCACCCGUGAGCACCUGGCCCGGGUCACCAGCCUUCCUGAGGCCAAGAUACAGGUGUGGUUCCAGAACCGCAGAGCCAAGAGAAUCAAGAAUAGAGAGCCGGGAGGCCCAAGUCCCAGGCCCGAGCCUCCCCAGAGAUCCCAUUCUCUUCCAGACACCGUCCAGCAGCCCUGGGAGCCCCGAACCCCGGGCCAGCCUCCAUUCUCCAACAGCGCAACUCAGUGGGCCUCUGCGUGUCAACACGCCUCUGCCUUCUGUCCAGCUCCUGGCUUGGGUCCGGGGCAGGGCUGGGGGGGCGCCAAAGCUGCAGCCCCAUGGGGACCAGCUGGGGCUUCAGGGGUCCACCUCUCUUCAGAGCGAGCUACUCCCCAGACCUCACUGGGCAGCCUGUCUGACCUCAUCUAUGCCUCGGCCGUUGUCACCAACCUGGACCACUCCUAAUCUAGGGCUAGAACUUGCAAGACCCCUCCUCUGGCUUCUGUCACCCACCCUGCCCUUAGGGCUGAACACAUCAGGAGAGGAUUCCUGGCCCCUCCUUUACACACCAGAGGUCUCUUAUGGAAGAAAGUUUAGUUCAGGGAUCCCUCCCGUCCACGAUCCUCCAGGCCAGCCUAGAUGUGGGUUCUGUGGAGUGACAGGGGCCUGGCUCUGUUACCCAGCGCCCUGCCCCUCCAGGGAUAUGUGCCCAUCAUCUCAGCAGGAGGUGCCUACAGAUAGAUGGGGUACGGGCCCAUGAUUCCCCUUUCUCCUACCAGGCCUGGUCCCCAAUUCAUCUCACUCCAGCUGACAACGCCUUCUUCCUCUAAAGGGGAGCGGGCAGCCACCCCUCACCCAAGGGUCCUUUUGGCCAUUACCUUACUGUUAAGUGAGCCGGAAGAGUGCUGAUCCUAAUUCUAGAUGGCAGGGACCAAUCCUUUUACAGUUCAGGGCCCCCUCUCCUGCCCUCCUACCCCCUGGACAAAUUAACCAGAACUAUGGAUCUGAAGCAGGAGUGAUAUUAAAGUAAUAAAAUAGGAAUCG